ACCGUUCAACUCUACUGAGUCUGCGCAGAAGUGUUUGUGUGUCGCUCGCUACGUAAACAUGGCUGUCGGAAAGUGAGACGCAAAUGACAAUAAGCCCGACUGAUCCGAAAACCACGUCUACAGGGGACCGAAAGGACACAUAAGUUAUAAACCAACAUGUCUCGGCACAGAAAUGUCCGAGGCUGCAACUACGAUGAAGGCAAGCUGUACUCAUGUCUGGACCAGAUGCGUGAGGUGCUGGGUGACACAGUGCCAGAGUCUGUCCUUACCCAGGUUGCCUUGCAGUGCGCCUUCGACCCCGAGAGAGCCCUGGACACCAUCCUAUCAGGCGAGAGCACCGGUGCUCCGCCCCGGUCCGCUAAGACGCAUCAGGACGCACCACUGCCCCAGGGAGCCAAUAAGGACAUGGCAGCUGCGCCAAGAUCCAAUCAGGAGGCAUCAGCCACCCCACAACCAAAGAAAGGAGCCUGCCUAUUCAACUCUGACACUGUACUCACACCAACACACACACCAGCUCUAUGUCCACCUACCGAUCCUCUGAACCUUAGUGACUUCCUAGCGCGGCCUGGGAAAGGUCAUUGUCAUGACACUCACAACCUCUCCACUUCGACUCUGAAUUUCGCGGCGGGUUCCGCAAGGCCCUUGGCGACGGUUGCCGAGGCGGGGAGCAGCAGCAGCCUGGCCCAGUUGAUGUCUGAGCAUGUUCAGAAGAGUCAGAGGGCGGGACUCCCCUCACUGUCCUCAUCUACUCUGGCUGUUCUUUCUGGCCUCUCAUUGGGCACUCUAGCGUUGUUAAACUCCAACUCCGCCCCCAUUGCUACAAGUCCCCCCAACCACCUUGCCUCCUCUUUGGGUAGCUUGUCCUUAGGCAACCCCAAACUGACAGCUCCGAGCGCCAAUAUGGCCCCUCCCUCCUUCGGCAGCCUGAGCUCCGUCCUCCAGAGCAGCCGACCAAUGGAGAUAGCGACUGGGGGAGGGGCUAAGGGGGCGGAUCCCAAAGGAAGCCCGUCAUUGGCUGAGCUGAUCCAGGAACAUUCCAACAGCAGCCCCACCCUCUACAGAACACUCCCCGGUCUCCACGGGAACAGCUCAAUCCCCAUUGCCCACGGCAACACAGCUCAGACUGCCGUCGGACCAGCGCCAGCUCUCACACGCUCCCUGUCCCAGCUCCCACAACCCCAAGGACCUCUGAACACACACUGUUCCCCCCAGACCCAGAUCACAACACCACCAGAACCCCACGUCUUCCCUCUGUCUGUGUUGGCCUCUCACCGUCAGCCAGUAAGCACGGUGCCAGCAGCAGACCCAGACGGACAGGUAGUACCACCUCCUGGCCUACUGGGGGAGCUCUCUCCACUAGCCUCUCAGCAACACAACAGAACUUCCUCCGACACCCCACCAUCACUCUCCUCGCCGCGCUCUGUCACCAGGGAAACCACAGCCAAGAAGUAUCCAAGAGGGUGGAGUCAGAGACAAACCCCGCCCCGUUUGUCACCCACUCCCUGA